CACCUCUUUAUCCACAACUUGGUCCAAAAAGCUCAAUUUUCUUCAUCACUCUUUCUAUCAAGAAAAAAUAUUUGGUAAACUAGCUCUGCAUCUUGGUAGCCAUGCUAGAAGGCAAGGCAGUCAUUGUUGAGACAGACAUGCUUCAAACCAUGCAGCAGGAUGCACUUGUCUUAGCAUCGAAAGCCCUUGAUGUCUUUGAUGUCACUGAGGCCACUGAGAUAGGCUGCUUCAUUAAAAAGGAAUUUGAUAAGACAUAUGGACAGGGAUGGCAGUGCAUUGUAGGAACAGAUUUCGGUUCGUUUGUUACACAUUGUCAUGGCUGUUUCAUCUAUUUUUGCUUAGGCAACCUUGCAGUUUUGCUCUUCAGGGGAGCUGCAGGUCCAGAAGCUGAGGCAAAGCAGCCCUGUGCAGCCUUGGAGGCAGUAAAAGCAUGAAGUUCCUUCUUUUAAAUUACUUUAUGCUUUUUUUGUGUGCUGCCCUUAUAGAAUAGGCUAGAUAUUAAGACAGUAAGAAAAAAUUCCAGGGUUUGGAUUUUUAGAUUCACCCAUCCAUCUGUAUAUUUAUCAUGUUUCAAAGGACUGUAUUUUGUAUGGCAUUAUAUUGCAGCCAUUUGGGGAGUUUCUUCUUAGCCAAA